CUUUCAUACUCAUUGAAAUGUUUCUGUUUAUUUUUAGUAUCUUUGGCCUUCAUGAUUUGGUCUGUCAUGGUGUUCAAGCGUCAUUUUUGUAUCGAGAAUUGGUCUUAUUUGUGGAUUGAUAGCGCGUUUUGGCAAGUGCUUUUCUUGGUCAUCCUCGGAGUGAUCAUUAUAUUGUGGAGACCAACUGCUUCGAAUCGAGAGUAUGCCUACUCCUUGCUAGAUGUUCCAACGCCUGAUACUAAUGACGAUGAUGACGAAGAAGUUCUACUGGAACAGCUUGCUGGCGAAGAAAUUGUAUAUUUAAGAGAAGCUGGUAAGUCUACUGUUAAUAAGGAACGGUUGAAGUGUGUGUGUUAA